AUGUCCCACGUCCCACCAACCGAGUCCAAUCUCAAUCCAGAAGAACCGAAAGCACCAGCCCCUACACCUCAGUUCCAACAAUUCCAAUCUCAAUCCAAAUUACUACCAAUUUCCACCUCAAGGUUACUACCAAUUUCCACUACAAGGCUUCCCGAACUACCCUCCUCCUCAGCCUAUGCCUUACUGCCCCAACCCUUGGAUGUUCCAGCAAGCUCCACCCCAACAAUUCCAAUUCCAAUACAAAUCGAAGAGAGACCAAGAGAUCGAAGAAGGUCUGAACCGCUUACGCAAAGAGUAUGCUACAGCUCCAAUUGA